AAAAAUAAGCUUAAUUUAGUGUUUGGUUUAGCUUUUUAAGCUUAUGCUUAUUAGCUUAUAUAAGCUAAUUUUAAGAAGCUUACUUGAAGAUGGUUUUUUAGCUUAUUUUGAAAAAGCUUCUUUGUGUAAGGGUAAAUGAUAUAAAAAAAGCUAUAAGCUAAUCCAAACACUUAAACAAGGCUUAUCAAAUGAUAGAAAAUAAGCUAUAAGCUACUUAAAAAUAUAAGCAUAAGCAAAAAAAAAAUAAAAGCUAGGCCAAACACCCCCUAUAUCAAAAGCAUUACAAACAAACUGACAUGGCGAUCCCCAAAUUAUUCUUCCAUACACACACCAGUGGUGAAUUGGAAGGAUGAAGGAAGCGUUGGUGGUGUGCGGUGACAACAAUUUAACGGUGGGAUUGACGAUCUGGGACAUCGAAACAGGGGUUCAUCUUCUUCACAUACCCACUUGUGCUUCACCUGUUCAUGGAAUCACCUGUUUGAGAAAUCAAUACUUGAUUGCUUCUCAGAUUCAUCGUCCUGGUUCCGUCGCCGCUGGCGUCAUCUUCACCUGGCCAUUCUCUAUAAGGUAUUAUUUUGUUGAAGCCAUUGAGCCGGUUUCCAGUAAAAAAGACGGUAUAUAUUUAGCUGGUGGCGCAAGCUCUGGAAAUGUUUAUCUUUGGGAGGUGGUAGAUGGGAAGCUGCUCAAAACAUGGCAUGCACAUAACUCGCCGUUAACCUGCUUGGCGUUUUCUGACGAUUCUUCUCUUCUUAUAUCUGGUUCCGAAGAUGGAAGCAUAGUUGUCUGGUCAAUGAUAAGUUUGUUAGAUGAGACAGACUCGGGAUCUUUAAGUACACCCCUAAGCGUUUUAGCCGCCCAUGAAUCUUUCGUAACUGGCCUCUUACCAUCGUCAAUUGUCUCUAACUCGGUUUUUGUGUCAAGUUCUCUUGAUGGCACUUGCAAGGUAUGGGACCUAGUAAAUGGGAGUCUUUUGCAAACGUGGUUUUUUCCGCAACCAAUAACCGCAACAGUUCUUGACCCUGCAGCGAGGUUUCUGUUUUCUGGAAGUGCAGAUGGAAGAAUAUUCAUGACCCCAUUUGAUGUUGGAUUAAUGAAGGAAUCUACUGUUGAGUCAAAGCAACUAACACUUGAAUUGACCGGACACAAGGAAGCAAUUACGCCAUUGACGUUUAGUAGAUCUGGUCUCAUUUCCGCUUCAGAAGAUUGUACUGCUUGCGUAUGGGAUAUUGUUGAAGGUGUGAUUAUUCGUAGAUUUCACCAUCAUAAAGGUUUUAUAACUAAUAUGGUCGUGAUCCCAAAAUCUUCACUGAUUCCGUCGAAUAAUUAUCAGCGGAAUUCUACACGUUUGCCGGUAUCUUUGCUGCAAAAGUAUUCUCAGCAAAAUGAUUUAAUAAGAUCAACUGUUACCCUUAUAUCUUCACCUGAAGAACAACAAAAAAUUAGCCGAUAUCAAAGUUUCGAUUUACUCAACUGGCAGAUUCUUGAUUUGGAGAUGGAAAGAACACCUGAAGCCUUACAGUUGAAGGUCGAAACAAAUAUUGAAAGUAGAUUGUAGAUUAAUGGCUUAUGGCAUGACAAAACGUGUGAUGGAUAUCAAGUUAUAAACGAUCACUUAAGGCCCUGUUUGCUUGAUUUGAUAAAAUUCAGUUAUUCUCUUGUUAAAGCUUGUUCAGACAGGUUUUCAACUUU